GUUUUUUGGAAUAUAAUGGGAUAUUUCAUGCUGUGCUAUGAUGUUCCGUACCUGCAACUUUCAUUUAAAAUGGCGGCUUCCUAUACUGAAAGCGAUCUAAUUGACAGUGAUGGACCCAGUGCUGUGCGGUUACUAAACUGUCUCACUGAACAGGUGGCUUCAGUUACUAGCCAUGUUCGUGAGUUGCUAAAGAAGGUCAAAGAUGGAACAUUCCAAACGUCAAAGGGUUUGUCCUUCCUUGACCUGCGAUAUCAGUUGCUGCUGUUUUACCUGCAAGAUGUCACUCACCUGAUCAGUGUUAAAUCAGAUGGUGGUAGUUUGAAAGACAAUGGUGCCCUCCACCGACUGGUCACAGUUAGAACAGUUCUAGAGAAGAUGCGCCCUUUGGACCAGAAACUAAGAUAUCAGAUUGAUAAAUUGGUGCGCACAGCAGUGACUGGGAGCUUAGGGGAAAAUGACCCGUUGCAGUUCCGUCCCAAUCCGGAUAACCUUGUUAGCAAACUAAGUGAAUCGGAAGAAUCAGAAGAUGAUGGUGAAGAGAAGGUUAAGGUCACUGAGAAAAAAGGGACAUCUAGUGGCAAGAAAUAUGUACCCCCAAAGAUUGCUCCAAUGCACUAUGAGGGAGACAUAACUGAGGCAGACAAGAAAAAGGAGCUGGCUGACAAGCAGAAACGUGCUGCCCUCCGCAGCUCAGUGAUCCAGGAGCUCCGCCAGCAGUACAGCGACGCUCCCGAGGAGAUCCGUGAGCACAGGGACUUCAAGACCGCUAGACAGAGCCGAGAGGACCUGCACAGGAAAAACUUUGAGGAGUCAAUGAUGGUGCGUCUGGCUGUUCCUCGCAGUGAGCGAAGUGCUAAGAAGAGAGGCAUGCUGGGAAUGUCUGGUCAGCUGCGUGGCAUUACACGGUUCAGUGACAUAACCGCUUUAACGGGCGGAGAAGGACAAGACAUGGAUAACCCUAGGCCCAAGAAAAAGAGAAAACAACUAAAGAAGACAACCAAAAGAAAAGCGUUCAAGAAACACAGAUAAGCAAGAUUGGAAUCCAAACACGAAAAGGAGAACAUUUUUGAGGGGGCCAAAUAAGGAUUAUUUGGGCAUGAUUAUUUUCACUCAUUAAUGCAAACUGACUCAAUAUUAGAUUCCCAAUAUCCAAUGGAAUGCAGAAGAUUUUUCUGAUACCAGAAGGGAUUUCUUUUUCAAAUAUGUAUAAUAAUAUGGGGGAAAGAACAUUUUAACCAUAAUGAAUUCACUCUUGCUCUAAUUAAAGUUUUGUUGAAAUAUUAAA